AACUGUGGAUGAAGAGGCUUCUCGAGGGCAUUUACGUGAUUCGAGGGUGACAUCGACAGACGUAUGAUUGAGCGGCGUCCCACCAAAUGAUGUUUACCUGACCCAAUCGGACGAGGCCGCAUUAGAGACGGCUGAUGGAAACUAUUGCGUGCGUCCUUUUUUCCUUUUCUGUUCUUGUCUGGUCUUAUCAUCUGAAUUGUCGCGAUGUCUGUGGUCUUUUUUUUUUAAUGGUGUUUCUUUUCGCGAAACCGGGACAGGAACCUUCAUCGAGAGGUCACACGAAUGCCUCGCAUGGCCUCGCAUUGCCGUGCUUCAUCUUGGCGUAUCAUUGGAGGCGAACAGCAAAAUACAUACAUGACCACACCCCCGUCAUCUUCCCUCGCCCUCCUUCUCCAUAUGUACUACGUAGUACGUGUGCCGCCCGACAAGCCCUCGACCGAUAACGAGCCGUCUUGCUAGGUUGCUUCGAGGAUACGCGGGGGCUACAGGCCGUAGGAUUCUUACUGCAUGAGGGCCUGCUGCGAAAUCCA